AUGUUCCUGAUGAGAUGUUUCCUCUAUAAACAAAGAAAAGAAAACGUAAACACAAAGCGACUUCAACAACAAGAUGGUGCAGGGGAAGAAGUCCCCCAGACGCAGGGGAAGAAGUCCCCCAGACGCAGGGGAAGAAGUCCCCCAGACGCAGGUGAAGAAGUCCCCCAGACGCAGGUGAAGAAGUCCCCCAGACGCAGGGGAAGAAGUCCCCCAGAUGCAGGGGAAGAAGUCCCCCAGACGCAGGUGAAGAAGUCCCCCAGACGCAGGGGAAGAAGUCCCCCAGACGCAGGGGAAGAAGUCCCCCAGACGCAGGGGAAGAAGUCCCCCAGACGCAGGGGAAGAAGUCCCCCAGACGCAGGGGAAGAAGUCCCCCAGACAAUUGAGUUUGAGAAUGCUGAUGGGGAGGAGUACCAGGCGGACCUGUCCACCCUGGCGUCCCCUGCAUCCCAGAGCGGACCUGAUGUCUACAUCCUACCCCUCACGGAGGUGUCCCUCCCCCUGGCCAAACAACCAGGACGAUCAGUCCAACUCCUGAAAUCCACAGAAGUCGGCCGCCAGAGUCUUCUGUACCUGAAAGAGAUCGGCGAUGGCUGGUUCGGAAAGGUUCUCCUGGGGGAGGUGAAUGCGGGCCUCAGCUCCACCCAGGUGGUGGUUAAGGAGCUCAAGGCCAGUGCCAGCGUUCAGGACCAGAUGCACUUCCUGGAGGAGUCCCAGCCAUACCGUGCCCUCCAGCACCCAGCGCUCCUACAUUGCCUGGCGCAGUGCACUGAGGUCACCCCCUACCUGCUGGUCAUGGAAUUCUGCCCUCUGGGUGAUGUGAAAGGGUACCUGCGGAGCUGUCGGGCUUCAGACACAAUGACCCCUGAACCCCUGAUCCUGCAGAGGAUGGCCUGUGAGAUCGCCUCAGGACUCCUGCACCUGCACAAACACAACUUCAUACACAGUGACCUGGCCCUGAGAAACUGUCUGCUGACCGCUGACGUCACAGUGAAGAUCGGAGACUACGGCCUGUCACACAACAAGUACAAAGAGGACUACUUUGAGACGUCAGACCAGAUGUACGUGCCCCUGCGUUGGAUCGCUCCAGAACUCAUAGAUGAAGUCCAUGGCAACCUUCUGGUGGUAGACCAGAGCAAACAGAGCAACGUCUGGUCUCUCGGAGUGACUAUCUGGGAGUUAUUUGAGUUGGGGAACCAGCCGUACAGACAGUACUCAGACAGACAGGUGUUAACCUACGCCAUGAGGGAACAGCAGCUCAGACUGCCCAAGCCCCUGCUCAAAAUACCCUUGGCAGAGCGCUGGUAUGAGGUGAUGCAGUUCUGCUGGCUCCAACCAGACCAGAGGCCCAAUACAGAGGAGGUCCACCUGUUACUCAGCUACCUGUGUGCCAAGGGGGCCAGCGAGGCCGAGGAGGACUUCGAGAGACGCUGGAACUCCCUGCGUCCCAACCCCAACGCCGGCCAACGAAGCAGCAGCCUUCAUCACGGGGCCGGAGCCCUGGCCACUGAUCUCCCCUCCUCCUUCCCUCUGUUGGAACAGUUCUCUGGAUGUGACAGUUACCACAGCGAAUCAGGAGAUGAUAUACUGACCGUGACAGAGACCAGCCACGGUCUGAACUUCCAGUACAAGUGGGAGCAGACCCAGGCAGGGAUCGGGGGGGAGCAGCCUUACCACCACGCUGUCUCAUCCUCCAGCGGUACCCUGGGGGUCGUCAACCACCACUGUCAGGACCUAUACUACCCAGGUGGAAUGGUGGGGGGCAGUGGUGGGGUGGAGAUGGAGGGUCUCACUCUGGGAGUGUCCCCUUCCUACUAUGAGCACAAGACGCUGCAUGUUUCUGGGGUCGGGGUCGGGGUGGUGCCGGUGCUUAGCGCCCGUAGUCCUUCAGUGAGCUCUGAGUACUACAUCCGCAUGGAGGAGCCUGGCGUGGACUACACCAUGUACUCCUACAGCCCAGACUACCAGGGCAGCCACGGGAGCUUCCUGGCCAGCAGUGGCAGUGCAGACUCAGGGGAGUGUAUGAUGGGGAUGGGUCCCCCCCAGGCCCACUCCAAGCCUGUAGACUCCUACUGGUCAGCAGACGUCUGUAAAGAUGGGGGUGUUGGAGCGUAUAAUUCGGACAUCUCCCUGACAAUGGAGCCCCAUGUCUCUGACUCCAGCCCCAUGAGACCAUGGGAGGCUGGUCACUACUUCUCCUACAAGGACCAGGACGGGGGGUACUACUACGAACACUCACCUCCCAUGGGCAUAGGCCACCACAUGGGUCUGGGGAUGGACCAGCAUUACCUGAUGGGGCGGGAACACUCUCCCCCCAAGCCCCAUCUGGAGAGCUGGGGGUCCCGUAGCCUGCGUCAGGCCCUGGGAGAACUGGACAACCCUCUGGGGAUAUCUCCCUCCAUCAGCACCCAUCUCCAGGAUGGCGGUCCUCCUUUUGGGGUAGGCGACCCCUACUUGGAGACAACCCAGGGCCCAGGCUCCGUCAUUGGGGGGAGUAGCGUCACUGGCGGCUACUAUGACAUGAUGGGUUCUCUGAGGAAAACCACGCAGACCAUGCCAGACCACGCCCACUCAGUCAGCAUCACUAUGGCGUCAGAAGAGGCCCUCUUCAUCUGUCACCGGGACAACGACUCAGAUGAAGAAGAGGAUAUAUUCUCAGAGAGGCUGAGGAGCAGCAGUAGUAACCUCUCCAACCCCUCCGCUAACAACAACAGUCUAGGCCUGGGUCUAAGCCUUGGACGUAGUGGACAGGCUGGCUGUAGACAACGACAGGAUCUCUAUGAAGACUUCCACUACACUAUGCCCACUACCGACAUAGAGGACUCGUGGCCUGAAGAGCACUGCCUGACCUUCCACUCCUCUGUCUCUGCUGCAGUUAAACCCAUAGACUAUCUGGAGGCUACAGCGCCUUCGGCUAAUGAUAAUGGCUGUUUAGUCCUGGGGAACCAUCAUGCCCUGGUCACUUCAGGGGAUGCCUGUAAUGCCUACAUCUAUUUGUGCCACGAGGGGGAAGGGGAGAGGGACGUAGAACCGCCACCCAUCGAGAGCUGCCACUCUCAUUUCGUCGACCCUCUCACAGGCUUAGUGGUGCGGAACUACACCCGGGACGACUACGGCGAUAAGAUUGUAGAGAUACCCAACAACGAGGAAGAGAGUGUGAAUCUGUCGCCAGCACCGGGAGGUCCUAAACCAAUCCUAACGCACAACACUAAGACCAGCACAACCCCUCUAAACCACUCUGAGCAAUAUGUUGACAUCACUAUGGACGAUACCCUUUCAAUAGACCAUGAGGAAGAGGUUAGUACGGAAGACAAAGGGGUUCUCACAGACCCUAAACCAGAGGGUGUGACUCUGACUAAGAUUCUGACCCUCUCCUCAGUGAAUGUUCCUGACCUAGUCCCCAUGGUCGAGCAAGAGUCAGAGCUGAGCCAUACGUUAGACAGCUGCUUAGACAGAGACCACUGCUCCAGCAUUAGUCUAGUGGACAUCUCCGACUGCUGCACCGACGACGACAAAGAUGAUGACAUCACCGACUCGACCUCAGAGAUCUUCGCCGACGAGACAUCGGUUGGGGACCCUAACGCUUCCCCUCCCCUGGCCCGUCCCCUCAAGUCCCUGCAGAAGCAGGUGGGAACCCCCAAUUCCAUGGCCUCCAUGGACCUGAUGCCUUCAGCAGUCGGCUCCACCUGCGAAGCUUUCAGCCCCUCUUCCAGCUCCUCCCACCCAUCUAGCUCCUCCCCCAAGGCAAUGGACAGUGGGUACGACACAGAGAACAAUGAGAGCCCAGAGUUCGUCCCCAAGGAGCCUCACAAUGAGCCUCGGGGCCCAGAGACAUUCACCCAGCCACUGGGGGAGUCUGUCCUGGACACCAGCCUGGAUGAGGAGGGGGAGGAGGGGGGGGAGGAGGCCGAAGUGGCCCCACUGGAUGAUGAGGAUGAACCGACCCUGGAUGAAGAUGUGCCUCUAGCAGCCUCACAGACCACAGACAAAGAGAAGGGUCUGACCCCACUCAGUGAGAAGAACCCUUACAGGGACUCUGCCUACUUUUCUGACAAUGAGAACGAACGUCUUUAUAGGGAUGAGGGGGGUGACAAAGUAGGGGGUGAUGAAAGUGGAGGAGUGGAGGAGGGAGAAGUGGAAGAGAGGCUGACAGAGAAGAGGGAACUCAGCCCUCUUCAGAUAGAGGAGGAAGAAGAGGAGGAAGUGGAGACCUCAGCUCUUCUUCUGGAGGAGAGUGAAGACCCAGAGAUGGAAGCAUGCCUGACAGAAGAGUGCACCCAGGAUGAAGGGCUAGAGCUGGGGCUAGAGCUAGAGCUGGCCUCCAUUCUCUCUGGAGAAGUAGAGGCAGGGUCGGAAGGAUGGCCUGCCCAGGAGAAACCCUCUUCUCUGGGAGACUGGGCUGCAGAGGUGGUGGGGGCUAUGGAGGAAGCCCUGGGCGAACUCCAGAGGAGCAGCAGUUCUGAAACCAACUCUGGUACCAAGGAGAAGGAGGAAGAGGAUGAAGGAGAGCAAAGGGACAUGGAGGACUCAUCUGAAGCCUUAGAAACAGUAGACGUCCUAGAAGAAGCAUUUACCAAAAUGCCAGAGACCCACGAGAAGGACGAUAAUGACGAAGAGAACAGUCCUCCCGCACGGCGUCGACGCUUCUCCUUCUCUCCUCCCCCUCCCUCCACCCCUCCUCUCUCCUCGCCUCUCCCUCCUCUCCCCCCGAUGACUCCCCCUCUGGGCUGGGAGUUGCCCAUGGAUGGGGUGGAGGCGGACGAGGAGGACGUAGAUGGUGACUCCGAUGACAGUGAGUCAGACGAGGAGCUGAGCAGUUACAGUGUUCAGGAGGAGCAGAGUGGAGGGGAGGAGAGCGGGGAGGAGAACCAUGCUGUACCCAUUGUGUUGAGCGACUGUAGCGAUGCUCAUAACCUACGUAGUCUACUGAAGAUGCCCACCCCGCUCACCACCGAGUUGCUCGCUGAUGACCUGGUUGAACGCAGGAAGAAAGUGGUGUCCUUUUUUGAUGACGUCACCAUUUACCUGUUUGACCAGCAGAGUCCCACUAAAGAGCUGGCUGAGCAUGGGUUCUCUCCAGGGGCUGAGACCAGCGGACAGGGUUCACUGGUCAAACAACCGACCUCUGAUGACUCCUCAGAUGGAAAUAUCUCAGAAGAGAGUGCAGGGUAUGAGUGGGAGGAUGACUUCCCCCUUUUGCCCAUUCCAACUUCCUCAUCCAAGAUGGCUGCCUCCUCCUCAGGCUCAUCCCCCUCCGUACCCAGCCUGCCCUUCACCUCUAAGGCCCCGGAGCCCAAACCAGCAGUGCGGUACUCCCGCUUCACAGUCUCCCCAAGCCACGUGUCUCGCUUCUCCAUCACACACGUCUCUGACUCUGAUGUGGACUCUGGUCCAGGGAGCAGUGAGGAUGGAGACAGAGUAUUAUAGAACCACAGCCACCCAGGAACUGCAGGAACUGCACCAUCUAAACAUGUCUGAGCCUCUAAACACGACUUUUGUUUAGACGGUGUCUGAUUGUUUAUCAACACGUUUUUGAAUGGAGUCUGUAUAACGGAUGUGAAAACAGAGCAUCAACACCGAUGAGAAUAUAUAACAUACUAAAUGAUGAUAAUAUACACAUACACAGAAGAAUAUCUGUUGAAUGAUGGUAAAGACAUAUGUUUGCAUUCAACAUCAUUUUGGGGAAUUAUUUGGGAAAAACUAAAGAACAAACGUGUUGCUCGUUUGCCACCAUAGACACUCAUUAUCAGCAUGUUAUACCACACAACAUUACCGCUUGUUACGUGGAAGACAGACAAUCAUUUUAUUGAUCAACUGUUUAACAUAGAUAUCAAAACAGAAGACACAAUUUACAGAACACCCCUCUCAGCGACGGAGGGAGUGAAAAGCAAUUAAGGAAAGGACACAAUGAAGGUUUUUUUUCUCCAUCAAAUGGAUCAGUGUUUGAAAGUGACUGUACCAAGAACAUAUCUUUGAGACUUGAGUUAACUCAUCUUCAUAAAAUAUCACAAAUAAUGAUUGAAGGAGAAUUUUGGACCACCACUGUAUAUGGGUCUUAUGAUUUCCACCAAUACGGGUGCCAGAGUCACUAUUCCCUUCUAUCUGUCAGUAUGGGUCACUAUUCCCCUCCAUCUGUCAGUAUGGGUCACUAUUCCCCUCCAUCGGUCAGUAUGGGUUACUGUUCCCCCUCAAUCUGUCAGUAUGGGUCACUAUUCCCCUCCAUCUGUCAGUAUGGGUCACUAUUCCCCUCCAUCUGUCAGUAUGGGUCACUGUUACCCUCCAUCUGUCAGUAUGGGUCACUGUUACCCUCCAUCUGUCAGUAUGGGUCACUGUUCCCCUCCAUCUGUCAGUAUGGGUCACUGUUCCCCUCCAUCUGUCAGUAUGGGUCACUAUUCCCCUCCAUCUGUCAGUAUGGGUCACAGUUCCCCUCCAUCUGUCAGUAUGGGUCACUGUUCCCCUCCAUCUGUCAGUAUGGGUCACUGUUCCCCUCCAUCUGUCAGUAUGGGUCACUAUUCCCCUCCAUCUGUCAGUAUGGGUCACUGUUACCCUCCAUCUGUCAGUAUGGGUCACUGUUACCCUCCAUCUGUCAGUAUGGGUCACUGUUCCCCUCCAUCUGUCAGUAUGGGUCACUGUUCCCCUCCAUCUGUCAGUAUGGGUCACUGUUCCCCUCCAUCUGUCAGUAUGGGUCACUAUUCCCCUCCAUCUGUCAGUAUGGGUCACAGUUCCCCUCCAUCUGUCAGUAUGGGUCACUGUUCCCCUCCAUCUGUCAGUAUGGGUCACUAUUCCCCUCCAUCUGUCAGUAUGGGUCACUAUUCCCCUCCAUCUGUCAGUAUGGGUCACUAUUCCCCUCCAUCUGUCAGUAUGGGUCACUAUUCCCCUCCAUCUGUCAGUAUGGGUCACUAUUCCCCUCCAUCUGUCAGUAUGGGUCACUAUUCCCCUCCAUCUGUCAGUAUGGGUCACUAUUCCCCUCCAUCUGUCAGUAUGGGUCACUAUUCCCCUCUAUCUGUCAGUAUGGGUCACUAUUCCCCUCCAUCUAUCAGUAUGAGUCACUGUUCCCCUCCAUCUGUCAGUAUGGGUCACUAUUCCCCUCCAUCUGUCAGUAUGGGUCACUAUUCCCCUCCAUCUGUCAGUAUGGGUCACUAUUCCCCUCCAUCUGUCAGUAUGGGUCACUAUUCCCCUCCAUCUGUCAGUAUGGGUCACUAUUCCCCUCCAUCUGUCAGUAUGGGUCACUAUUCCCCUCUAUCUGUCAGUAUGGGUCACUAUUCCCCUCCAUCUGUCAGUAUGGGUCACUGUUCCCCUCCAUCUGUCAGUAUGGGUCACUAUUCCCCUCCAUCUGUCAGUAUGGGUCACUAUUCCCCUCCAUCUGUCAGUAUGGGUCACUAUUCCCCUCCAUCUGUCAGUAUGGGUCACUAUUCCCCUCCAUCUGUCAGUAUGGGUCACUAUUCCCCUCCAUCUGUCAGUAUGGGUCACUAUUCCCCCCUACUGAAGGCCUGGGGCGUUAUCAUUAGUGCACAAUAACAAACAGUUGCAGAACGCUUUGCAACGCCAAUGAGAGUUAAUAUCGGACAUAUUCAGCUAUGUCCUUCUCCGUUUCGUUUCUUUUACAGACAUCCCUGCACCUAAACUAUUGUGUGAAUCCACCAAGUCAGUUUUGAGGGAAUAUCAUUGAUGACUUUGAAUAAAUGCUGUACACCCUUUUUUAGGACUUGAAAUUCAUGUGCUAUGCAUGCAGAUAGUGGUGGAUAAACACAGCUUAUGUUGGUUUCGGUCUUCUCCCCAGAUGAGGGUAGCUGCCUGUCCUUACCCUCAGAGUUGAGCUUCACUGCACCACAUACUGUGUAAUAUGUCUACUACUCUUGAGGUGAACAUCCUUCGUGAUACGAUCAAAGAACUUGUAAAUUUUUUAUUCUGAUUCUGAAAAUGGAACUGCAGUACAAGUACAACAAGCUUACUAAUACCAUAGAUACAGUAGCAUAUCAUUUUUUAUUCUGAUUCUGAAAAUGGAACUGCAGUACAAGUACAACAAGCGUACUAAUACCAUAGAUACAGUAGCAUAUCAUUUAUAUAUAUAUAUAUAUAUAUAUAGGAAACAUUUGAUGAAAUAUUCAAUUUUAAGAAAUAUGAAACUUUAAAAUGCAACUUAAAGAAUGGAAGAACAAACAAAUGAUUUUCAAGUGGCUUCGGUAACAUGUUGAAGAUGAAAUAAUCAAAUAACUGUUGGAAGACUACAGAACUGAGAACUGGUUUGGUCUUAACGUAUUGUGAUCAGCUGUGUGGUCAAUGGGGUCGGUGAUGUCACAUGGAUUAGUCAGUGUAUUGUAUUUUCACGAUUUUAACAAUGGAAAAUACAUUUUGAAUUCA